AUGGCUUCUCUAGAGGAUGCCCGCCGCCUUGGGGGUAGGAUCCCUAUCCAGAGCUCCUCAGACUCUGAACCUGCAGCCAGAGCUGAGGGACAACACAGGGAGGCCGCGGACUCAAACAAGGUCAAGGUAAAGAGUGCGACGUUGCACGACCCGACCUCUUCUUCCAAUUACAUGAAGGCUCUCCAGGGCAUCCUGGGAAAAUUCAUACCAAAAGGACAGCCCUCCCGGGGUGCAAAACCGAGCACGAGCAAGCAUCCCGAAACCGGGGGAGAAACCGCCAGGGUUGUCACCUUCUCUGCUCCUCGGGAAAUGCAAGCGUUGGCCCCAGUGGUUAGAGAGAAGGAGAAGAUGCUGAUAGAGGUCAACAGUUCGGGUGACAGGAAAGUGAUCAUCAGUCCUCCGGAGAAACCCAGCAAGAAGCCCCCGGACAACCAGAUGGUGGUCGUUUUCGAAAAGGGCUCCCCAGGCCUCCAGUAUCUAGACAGACGUAACUCUUAUCCAGAAUUCCAGCAGUAUAAAGAAAGGGAUACGGUGGCCGAGCGCCCCUCUCCGCCCAGUCUCUUGUCUAUGGAUGAGCUGGCCGCAAUGGGACUCUCUCAGAGGCCAGUCUCCCUGGGUGUCGCCAGAGCCCCGCAGCCUUCAUCCUUCGCCGCUAACCCGGUCAUGUACCGGCCUCCCGUGUACAUGGGUCCUCCUCUCGACUACGCCGGCUACCACGACAACAUCCUCCAGGCUUCCCACUACGCCCCCACGGGCAACAGCAGCAACGUCCCCCAGGCCGUGAAGAACUGGGGAGGCUUCGGCGGUUACGCCCCCACGUCAGAAGUGUGCUCGCCGAACUGGCCCCGAGACUGGAAGCCGUCAGGAGAAGAUCCGGCCCUGAAUUUCCACUUGGUUCGCUUCCCCAGAAGCUCAGCGGCAAGCCAGGAGAGGAUGACCGUCCAGGCGGGGAUACCAUCGCAUUCUUGUGCAGGCUAUGCAGCUGGUUCCUCGCCAGGGAGCCACUGGAAGGGAAGCCUGGGUUUCAUCGACACCCACUGUCACUUGGACUUGCUCUUCUCCAAGAUGUCUUUCCAAGGAUCCUUUAAGAAGUUCACGGAAACGUAUAGCCAGUCCUUCCCGAAGGAAUUUCAGGGCUGCAUCUCCGAUUUCUGUGAUCCUCGCACACUGAAGGACGGCAUGUGGGGAGAUCUCCUGAAGGAGGAUCUGGUCUGGGGGGCCUUCGGCUGUCACCCCCAUUUCGCACGUUACUACAACGAGAGUCAGGAAAGAAACAUCCUGCAGGCCUUACGACACCCCAGGGCCGUGGCGCUCGGAGAAGUGGGUCUGGAUUACUCGUCCAAGUGCACCACCCCUGUCCAGCAGCAGCAGAAGGUAUUUGAGAGGCAGCUGCAGCUGGCCGUGUCCCUGAACAAGCCCUUGGUGAUCCACUGCCGGGAGGCUGACCAAGACCUGCUGGCCAUCAUGAAACGAUACGUGCCUCCUGACUACAAGAUCCAUAGGCACUGCUUCACUGGCAGUUACCUGCUCCUUGAGCCCCUCUUGAAGUACUUCCCUAACAUGUCUGUGGGUUUCACAGCCGUCCUGACUUACUCUUCGGCCUGGGAGACCCGGGAUGCCCUGAUGCAUAUCCCACUGGACAGAAUCGUCGUGGAAACGGAUGCUCCCUAUUUCCUGCCUCGGGGGAUUCCCAAAAGCCUUUGCCAGUAUGCCCACCCGGGCCUGGCCCUGUACACGGUUCGAGAGAUCGCCAGAAUCAAAGGUCAGCCGCUCACCCAAAUCUUGGCCACCUUGCGUGAGAACACCAACUACAUCUACAAUAUUUAA